AUGUCGCUGAGCAACUGCGUGCGGGCAGCCCCUGGGCCCAGUGGCCCCGAGGACUCGGUGCUGAACGCGGACCGCCCGCCCCCAGAGGCGCAGUUCCCGCAGGAAAGCGUCAACCAGGGGGACCUGACCAGCCCAGCGCAGCAGCUGCCCAGGGCCACACCUACCGAGCCGCCGCCGCAGCCGCAGCGCCAGUCGGUCACCGGCAGCUGGGUGCGGCGGAUGGUGGCGGAGGUGAACGAAGCCGCCCCGCCGCUAGUAGUGGGGCGGCACACGCCAUCCCACCGUGACGACGUGGCGGCGGCGGCGCUGCAGACGGCGCAGCGGCACAUGGCGCAGCAGCAGCAGGGCCAGAAGCAGAGCGGCGGUACACGCAGCGGAGACGGCACGCUCGGCGGCGGCGGCAGCGCGGUGCAGCACCCGCCUGCGCGGCACCCGCUCGGACAACAGCAGCUGCAGCAGCCGCAGCAGCCCCAGCAAUCCACAGCCCUCAGGAUGUUCCACCUGGCGGCCAAGGGGGCGGCGCAGGCACAGAGGCGCGCCAGCAGCCGGCCCGGCGCUGCCGCCGCUGCCGGGCAGCAUCCAGCCCUCGCCCACCUGCCCGCGCCACGUGCCAAGCCCCAGCCCGCAGCCACCGCGCCGGCGCAGCUGGGCCCUCACCAGCACCAGCACGCGCUGCCACUGUUGCUGCCCCUGCUGCAGCUACCGCAGCCGCCACGGGUGCAGGCGAGCGUGAACCAGGCGGGACCUCCUGGCGCCAUGCCGCCGCCGCCGCCACGGGCGCCGCGCUCGGCAGCCGCCACCGCCGUGCUCUCCGCAGCUGGCCCCAGCUGGGACCGCCCCAGGCUGACGGCGGGCGCUGUGGACGCCGCCCGUGCUGCCAUCUCCGGUGGUCAGCCCGAGACGGUGCUGCCGCUGCUGGUGCAGGCGGCGGCGCAGCGCGGGGCGGAGGAGGCGGGGCUGAGCCUGGAGCUGCUCUGCGCCCACCAAGCCAACUUUGAGGCCUUGAAUCCCGUCGCCAGGGGCUCGCGGGCUGUGUCCCUGCUGGAGCUGCUGCGCAGUGCACCGUUUUCCAUGCUGGCGCAUUUCCUGAAGAACAUGUGCAAGUGCUACGGGGCCGGCUCGGGGUGGGCCAAGCCCUGCCUGUGGACGGCGGCCGGCGGCGUGCUGAUGGUCACGCUGCUCACCGCCGCAGCGGCGGCCAUGGGCCUGGUGGCCCUGCAGGGCGCAGCGAGCACCGUCAAGCUGCGGGUCGGCGGCCACGCGCUGACGCUCUCGCUCAGCCGCGAGGCUCCAACAAGCGCAAGCGGCAGCAGGGGCCGCAUCUGGGGCGCGGCCGGCUCCACCAGGGGCCUGCCCUGCCGGGCCAGCGGCUACUGCAGCCUGGGCAGAUCCAAGGUGUGGAGGGGGGAUGUCGCAACCAACCGGGCGCUGCAAGCGAUGCUGAAGGCUGUGACUUACAAGAAGGAGCUCAUCGUCGUGAUGAGCUCCCUCACCGGCUUCCAUCGGGAGCUGGCUCUGAAUGCCCUCCAGUCUGCUGAGGCGCUAGGCUAUGGGCAUCAUGUUCUGCUGGCGCCGCAGUCCGCCGGGUGCGACAGGAUCCCGCCGCCGUUUGCCGCCACCACCAGCUGCGUGUGGGACUCCCGGCCCAUCGUGCACGUCAACGAGGUGUUCAAUAGCUUCUACAGGCGCUGGGACUUGUAUGCUCGUGUCGUGAGGAUGGGCUACAAUGUCCUCUCCCUGGACUCAGAUACCAUGAUGGUGGCGGACUUCUAUUCCUUCGUCAAGUCGCCGCCAUUCUCCCACUACCAUGCCCUGUUCACGAUGGAUGGGGUCAGCUGUGGGAUCGUGUACACACAGAAUGCACACCCCUCGGGCCCCACGGUGUGGAUGGCGGUGGAACAUGCCUACCGCACAAGCAGGCAGCGGGAGAACAUGACGCACAUGCAGGCGCUGUACAAGGGCUGGACGGAGGCAGACACCUGGGAGCAGCUGAUGUGGAACCAACUGGCCACCGUGAUCCACGGCCGCCCUUUCCACCACCUGUGGGAGAAGACGCCUGCGGAGUGGAGGCAGGAGUGGCAGCUGCAGGGAUUCAAGCUGUGGGAAAACAAAACGCUGGACAUCGAAGUCACCUGGCCCGCAGAGUGGCGGAAUGUCUCGGGGGUGGGCCAAGGGCUGCUGCGUGUGGUGGACAACCUGGCACUGCCUGUGGUGGAGGAUGCCUGGUGGCAGCGCCACUCCCAGUACUUCUACCCGCCCAGCCCCGGCAACGUGUCUGCCCAGUUUCUGGAGCUCAUCCACUCCUCAUCGGAUCAGCCGUUGUACGAGCCGGGCAAGCCCUGGGCGCCCCCGGCGGACCUCCCGCAAGAGCAUUUUGCCUUCCUCCCGGGGUGGUUUGCCCAUGGCUACAUCGGCCGUGGCAAUCUGGGGUACUGGGACAUCAAGCCGCCCGCGGCGGUGAUUCUGCACAAUGUGUGGAUGCCAGGAGCCGUCGUGUGGAAGUCGUACCCCUACAAGGCAGCGGGCCUGUUCCAUUGGGAGGUGGCAGAGGCGGUGCGGGGCCACAACCUGCUGGGGCUGGCCGACCCCAAGCUGCUGAUGCUGGCGCCCGGGGUGCAGCUGUUUGCUGAGACGGAGCAGGCCUUCCUAGAUGCAGUCCAGCAGCUUGUGCGGCUGGCGGGCAUGAUGGGGCGGCAGCUGGUGAUGCCCAACCCGCCCUGCCACAGCGUGUGGGUGGGCCUCGCCAGGAACCUAGAGUACCCGCACCCCUGGCUGCCGCUCUGGAAGUACCACUACGACGUCUUCCAGGCAAGCUGUGGCGUCAUCCAGCUGGCAGACGCCACGCAGCCAGGCGGCAACGCCACCUACUGCCACUGGCUGCGCGGCCUGACAGCCAAGUGCAUGGCGGCGGUGCCACCCCAUGCCGACGCCCUCGCUUUCUUGGAUCGCUGGAAGGAUCGCGGACAGGCGGCGCCCAACAAGAACAACACGCUAUGGCAUGCUGAGUGGCAGGCUGCGGGGGGCGCCGCAGGGCCGCCGCCCAGGCCACCCGCCGCCAUCACCACGCCGCAGCCCCAGGUUGCAGUGCCCGACGCCGAGGCGGUGGUGGCGGCAGCUGCUGCAUUCACCACCUGGCCGGUGCUGUUCCUCGGGGCGGUGCCUGUGCUGGGUCGCACUGACACGCUGCAGGGGCUGGAUGAGGUGCACAAGGGGUGCGAGCUUUUUGCAGACCAGCCCCCCACGCUGGAGCCUUACGAUCCGGCAGGCGUUAGCGAUGCAAGGCAGAGGUGGCUGAACGGCACGCUGUGA